AUGGCAGACGAUAAUGAAGUGCGGUCAACUGAACAGACGGCUUAUACCCCGCACCACAUAUCAACGAGUCACACGUAUCCUCUUCAUGAACAAAUGCCAACACAAUCAUAUACUUACCCUUGGCACCACCAGGAUUGGUCAAUGGCUCAAUCUCGAGAAAAUCAAGUUCCUCCGAACGUUAAUCUGUUCAACAGAUACAAUCACUUCGCUGACAACAACUCGAGUGGAUAUUCUAACAAUCUUGACGCAGAGGUGUCUUACUAUAACAAUUUCUCAGGACUCGCACCUAGCUCAUAUUGGUACGACGAAAACCGAUGUAGCAGCACAGAUACUUCUUUGUCUUCUGCAUCAGCAUCUACGGUAUUCAGUCACGACUCUGUAGACACAGACUUUAGCAAUGACUUUGAACACAGUGGAAAGAAACGCAAAUGGCAAACACAACAAAAUAAACCUAACAAGAAAACUAGAAAAGAAACUAAAAAUGUUCCAUACAAACGUUGGCCGAAACCGCCUUACAGUUAUCGUGGGAUGAUUGCGGUUGCUAUACAAAUUUCUCCGAAACAGGAGCUAACUCUUCAAGGAAUCCACGCAGCACUGAUGGAGUUGUUUCCCUUCUUCCGAGGCUCGUAUACAGGUUGGAGGGAUUCGGUACGUCACAAUUUAUCACAUUCCUCGUGCUUCGUCAAAAUACCCUCUGAACAUCCAGUUAAAGCUGGUUUGUGGACAGUAGACUGGACUCAGGUAUCACCGGCUAUUUUCAAUCGCCAACAGAGUAAAGUUCCUGGAUCUGAUAAAUACAGAGCUACGAUUCACGAACAUCUGGGUCUGGAGCCUUAUCACAACGAAACAUACACUGAAAAUGGUCACCCUGAUGACUUUGACAUUAGAAAGACGCCGCUGCAGCAAAAAGCAAAUAACAGUAAAGACCGAACGCCACAAAUGUCCGAUACCCAAAAGUUCAGCGUAAAUUUACCCGAAGUUGAAAAAUGUGAGAGCAGCAAAGACUCCCCAUGUCAGUUGAGAGAUCAGUCACAAGUUAAACCUUUAUCAGCAGACGACAGUGAUCGUUUUCAGAUUACGUCAACCGCGACUGCACCACAGAGUGAGUCAUAUCACCCAUUGUUCGGAAAUUUCUUGGACAUUAUCAUGGAAAGUAGACGCUCGUCUUUAGACGCGGCUCACCACCUGCAAUCGCUCUGUGCACCAGUAGCCCCACUCACGCCAACUGAUAUUGUGUUACCACCCCACCCCCGCGACAGUGACGUUUAUACCCAUAUAUCCCCUGUGAAUAGUGCUUUUGAAAACUUAAGUGAAAACAAAUCAAGUGCUGUAGAAAAUGUAAGUGAUGCUUCCUUUCUACAAGAGUACACCAUCAUGUCACCGUGUAAAACACUCAUGACCUCAUUUUUAGAUUCUGGUCGGCACGAUGCCGUAAGAGAGCGAAAUGAACCUGGGGAAUCGAGGGAAGACAAAGUACAAGUGAUCGAGGCAGCCAAAGAGUAA